AUGAUUAAUACUACAUAUGGUAUAACACCGUCUACAACAGCGAUUAAUACUACAUAUGGUGUAACACCGUCCACAACGGUGAUCAAUAUUACAUAUGGUAUAACACCGCCUACAACAGCGAUUAAUACUACAUAUGGUAUUAUAACAUCAUCUACAACAGUGAUUGAUACUACAUAUGGUAUAACACCGUCUACAACAGUGAUUGAUAUUACAUAUGGUAUAACACCGUCUACAACAGCGAUUAAUACUACGUAUGGUAUAACAACCCCUACAGCAGCGAUUAAUACUACAUAUGGUAUAACACCGUCUACAACAAUGAUUAAUACUACAUAUGGUAUAACACCGUCUACAACAGUGAUUAAUACUACAUAUGGUGUAACACCGUCCACAACGGUGAUCAAUACUACAUAUGGUAUAACACCGCCUACAACAGCGAUUAAUACUACAUAUGGUAUAACACCGUCCACAACAGUGAUUGAUACUACAUAUGGUAUAACACCGUCUACAACAGCGAUUAAUACUACGUAUGGUAUAACAACCCCUACAGCAGCGAUUGAUACUACAUAUGGUAUAACACCGUCUACAACAAUGAUUAAUACUACAUAUGGUAUAACACCGUCUACAACAGCGAUUAAUACUACAUAUGGUGUAACACCGUCCACAACGGUGAUCAAUAUUACAUAUGGUAUAACACCGCCUACAACAGCGAUUAAUACUACAUAUGGUAUUAUAACAUCAUCUACAACAGUGAUUGAUACUACAUAUGGUAUAACACCGUCUACAACAGUGAUUGAUAUUACAUAUGGUAUAACACCGUCUACAACAGCGAUUAAUACUACGUAUGGUAUAACAACCCCUACAGCAGCGAUUAAUACUACAUAUGGUAUAACACCGUCUACAACAAUGAUUAAUACUACAUAUGGUAUAACACCGUCUACAACAGUGAUUAAUACUACAUAUGGUGUAACACCGUCCACAAUAAUGACUAAUAGUACAGUGAGUAUGCCAACAAGUACAAGAACAGUUUGUAUGCAGACGAUCAGAAGAGUGAUUAACACUACAGUUUGUAUACCAACGACCACAAUAGUGUUUAAUAUUACAUAUGGUAUAACAUCGUUCACAAUAGUAACCUAUAGUACAGGUGGUAUAACACCGACCACAACAGUGAUUGAUGGUACAUAUGGUAUAAUACCUUCCACAACAGUGAUCGAUAGUACAGAUGGUAUAACACCGUCCACAACAAUGAUCAAUAGUACACAUGGUAUAACACCGUCCAGAACAGUGAUCAAUGGUACAGAAGGUUUAACACCGUCCACAACAGUGAUUAAUACUACAGAUGGCAUAACAUCUUCCACAACGGGGAUAAAUAUUGCAGUCGGUACAACACCGUCGGCAACAGUGAUUAACACUACACUUGGAAUAACACAGACCACAACAACGACUAAUAAUACUACAGUGAUUAUACCAACAAGCACAAGAACAGUUUGUAUGCAGACGAUCACAAGAGUGAUUAACACUACAGUUUGUAUAACACCGUCCACAACAAUGACUAAUGCCACAUAUAGUAUAACACCAACAACAACAAUUAAUACCACAGAUAGUAUAACACCGACCACAACAGCGAUUAAUGCCACAGAUAGUAUAACACCGUCCACACCAGUGAUGAAUACUACAGAUGGCAUAGCACCGUCCACACCAGUGGUGAAUACUACAGAUGGUAUAACAACGUCCACACCAGUGAUGAAUACCACAGAUGAUAUAGCACCCUCCACACCAGUGAUGAAUACUACAGAUGGUAUAGCACCGUCCACACCAGUGAUGAAUACUACGAAUGGUAUAGCACCGUCCACACCAGUGGUGAAUACUACAGAUGGUAUAGCACCGUCCACACCAGUGAUGAAUACUACAGUUGGUAUAUCACCGUCCACACCUGUGAUGAAUACUACAGUUGGUAUAGCACCGUCCACACCAGUGAUGAAUACUACAGAUAAUAUAGCGACGUCCACACCAGUGAUGAAUACUACGGAUGGUAUAGCACCGUCCACACCAGUGGUGAAUACUACAGAUGGUAUAGCACCGUCCACACCAGUGGUGAAUACUACAGAUGGUAUAGCACCGUCCACACCAGUGAUGAAUACUACAGAUGGUAUAGCACCGUCCACACCAGUGAUGAAUACUACGGAUGGUAUAGCAACGUCCACACCAGUGAUGAAUACUACAGAUGGUAUUGCAACGUUCACACCAGUGAUGAAUACUACAGAUGGUAUAGCACCAUCCACACCAGUGAUGAAUACUACAGAUGGUAUAGCACCGUCCACACCAGUGAUGAAUACUACGGAUGGUGUAGCACCGUCCACACCAGUGAUGAAUACUACUGAUGGUAUAGCACCGUCCACACCAGUGAUGAAUACUACAGAUGGUAUAGCACCGUCCACACCAGUGGUGAAUACUACAGAUGGUAUAGCACCGUCCACACCCGUGAUGAAUACUACAGAUGAUAUAGCAACGUCUACACCAGUGAGAAUACUACAUAUGGUAUAG